AUGCAGUUUGUUUUGUAUCUCACACUGUGUAUUUUGAUGGCUAUAAUGCAGGAUCUGACUUCUUCGACACGAACCCUCGAUCAUUUAUUCGAAUAUCAUGAAAUCCAUGUAAAGGACAAUGAAGGACGAGCUGUGAUAUUGGCAUUUGUAUUAAAUGCUGUCAUCGGAGCCUUCAUGCUAUGGAUGUUGGUGGGGAGAACUAAGUUGUGCUUGGAUUUUAGUUGUACCUUCUACUGCGUACACUUACUCUUCUGCUGGGUGUACAAUGGUAGCUUUCCUACCACAUUUUCUUGGUGGGCACUAAAUAUUGCAUGCACAGCCAUAACCUGUGUCGCUGCCGAGUUUCUGUGCCUACGGACUGAGUUACAGGCCAUACCAUUAAGUAUUGGUUCAAAAGUGGACUUA